CAGCACCUCGAUAAUCUAGGAUUGCUGCGGCGGUCUCCCCUACCACUGACUCCCAUCUCUGCUUCGCCAUUGCAAAUGUGCUAUGAUAUCCCACUUUCGAAUACCACCCCGCACUCCCAUCGGCGUCUAACUCUUCCUUUGGCUGAACGUCCUCGGUUGAAUUCGCAGGCAUCCAGGACAUUUGGUGUUUCAGACACCACUUCAACUUCAGCCGUCUCACCAUUUAGUCGAAAUAUGUUUAUGACCAAUCUCGAUCAGUUAAGAACUCCAUCGGCUCGAUCUUCAGAAAUUUCCUCUGAGGUUAGAAGCAUAAAGGCUUUUACUUUAUUUCUGCACGGAUUUUCCGUCAAUACUUACGGUAAUGCGCUUCCUUUUAUUAUGUAG